CAGGAGCGCGGCGCUGCGCGAGCUGCUCCGCGCGCGCUCCUGGCGCGUUCCAAAAUGUGUUUUUGAAACAUAACAUCCUUUAAUCCAUUGAUUUGUACUUCAAUGGACAGUUAGUUAGUUCAAGCACAUACUAAAACUCAGUCACAUUCAGCAAGUCAGCAGAGUGAACACACACGUUUGGCAUCUUGUCAGAAACCAUUUCUUAAAGAUUUGUUUGGAGCAGGAUCAAACCACAGCAUGUCUUCCAUCUCAAGCUCACUUUAUACUGUUCCCUCUUGUGACUUCUCUGAGAGCUUUUGCUGCCUUAGCAACUCAGUGGACAUCACUGAGGGGAGUUGGCAUUUCACUGACAGUGAGGUGUCGGUGGAGAGUGAGGGACCAAAGGCCCGGAAGAGAAAGGCCUCCACCGACAUAGAACCUCGUGGUAAGAGGCGGAGGAGUGGGGACGAUGACCCCGACCUCUCCCUGAACUCCGGAGACCCUUCAUCUUCCAAUGAGGAAAACUGGAGCACGCUCCUCAUCGGCCGCACCAGUAGAGCUGAUUUCAAGGCAAAGUACCAGCAGCUUGGGAAGCUUGGACAAGGAGGCUUCGGGUCAGUUUAUGCUGGAAUAAGAGAGAGUGAUAAAUUACCAGUGGCGAUCAAAUACAUUCCCAAAUCACAUGUGAAGGCUGUAACACUGGUCUCAAAUGAGGGGAAAUUCAUGAUCCCUCUUGAGGUGCUCGUCAUGGUCAGAGUAGCAGGCGCACCAGGAUCACGGGUCAAAUCUGCAGCAGUAUCAUUUAUAGAAUGGUACAAUCUGGACAAGGGAAUUAUCAUCAUCAUGGAGAGGCCAGUCCCUGCUGUUGAUUUAUCAACUUACGUCCAGUGUAGAGGUGGCCAACUGGACGAAGGGGAGGCAAAGAUCAUCAUAAAGCAGCUGGUGGAGGCAGCCAUCGAGAUGCACUCAAAGGGCGUUUUCCAUCGGGACAUCAAGCUCAACAAUGUGCUGAUCCAAAACACCUCAGAUGGUCCACGUGUACGGAUCAUAGACUUUGGCUGUUCCUGCUUUGCAAACAGGCCUUGCAGCUCCUUCUCUGGAACCUUUGCGUUUGCCCCUCCAGAGUACUUCAUACAUCAGAUGUAUGAGGCCGGGCCAUCCACAGUAUGGCAGCUGGGUGCCCUGCUCUUCAACAUGGUGGAUGGAGGCACUUCAUUUACCACCAGUGACUUCACCCACAGAAACAUUCGAAUCAGCAGUGAGCUAUCCCAUGAGUGUCGGCUGCUGCUGAACAUGUGUUUGGCUAUCAGCCCAAAGAACCGAGCUACGCUGCAGAAGCUCCAGCGACAUCCAUGGUCGAGCAGGUGGAUGUCGCAGGAUGUGGCGUCUCUCGGGAGGCCUGGAAGGUGGGCGCCGCCGCACGGGCACCUGGGACCCUGGAGCAGUAGUGCGCCGCCGUCCGGGGGAACUACCCGUAGAAGCAGGGGCGGCAGGCGUCGGCCACAAUGCCUUGAUGGAGAUACUGGCUUUACUGAGUGCCAUUCUAGUUUUGCUCCUGACAUGAAGUCAAACAGUGCUGCCUUUGACACUGAACAUAAUACUUCCAGUCCCAGGCGUCUGCACUGA